ACUCUGGGAAGAAGGACCAGCCUGGCUGAGACUGAUCUGGGUGCUGGACUUUUCCUGGCUGUGUUACAGGCUAAUUCGGAGGAGUUCAUUCCAGUCUUCGCCAACAACUCCCGGGAACUGAAGGCUUUCCUGGAGCACAUGACUGAGGUGCAGGCUGACUCUCCGCAGGGCGUCUAUGACACCUUGCUGGAACUUCGGCUCCAGAACUGGGCACACGAACGAGAUGAGCAGGUGAAGGAGAAGCUGCACAAUGAAGCCCUCAGCCUCCUGAAGAGCGGGAGGUUCAGAACGGUCUUUGACAAGGCCUUGGUGUUAUGUCAGAUGCACAGUUUCAAGGACGGUGUCCUCUACCUCUACGAACAGGGCAAACUUUUCCAGCAGAUCAUGCACUACCACAUGCAGAACGGGCAGUACAAGAAGGUGAUCGAGGUGUGCGAGCUGUACGGGGACCUUUGGAAACAGGCACUUGGCUAUUUUGCGCGGAAGGAGGAUGACUGCAAAGAGUAUAUCGCCGCCGUGCUGAAGCACAUCGAGAACAAGAACCUUAUGCCUCCACUGCUUGUUGUGCAGACGCUGGCUCACAACUCCACGGCCACGCUGUCGGUGAUUAAGGAUUACCUCGUGAACAAGCUGCAGAAGCAGGGCCGCCAGAUCGAGCAGACGGAGGAGAGAAUUCAGAAAUACCGAGAAGAAAACACAAGGCUCCGCCGGGAGAUCGAAGAGCUGAAAUCAAGCCCCAAGAUCUUUCAGAAGACCAAGUGCAGCAUUUGCACCAGCGCGCUGGAGCUGCCGUCAGUGCACUUCCUCUGCGGUCACUCCUUCCACCAGCAUUGCUUUGAAAGCUACUCCGAAAGCGACGCGGAAUGUCCUACCUGCAUGCCGGAAAAUCGCAAAGUGAUGGACAUGAUCCGAGCCCAGGAGCAGAAGAGGGAUCUGCACGACCAGUUUCAGCAUCAG